CAUCAACUCCUGUGGAACUUGGCCCAUCCCUUGGUUUGAAGAAGUCCAGCUCACUGGAGAGUCUCCAAACGGCGAUGUCAGAGGUUAACAAGAAAUCUGAGCUCCUCCCAUUCCAUCGUCCACGCCCAAAUAUGGUCAGAGGAAGGGGCUGCAAUGAAAGCUUCCGAGCAGCUAUAGAUAAAUCCUAUGAUGGGCCAGCCGAAGAUGAUGAUGAUGAAGGUUCAGAGCCGAGUUCAGGCCGUGACACUCCUGCAAGUAGUUCAUCCCGCCAGGGAGUCGAUCAAGCCGAGGAGAAAAGCAAAAAAGACAAGAAAAAGAAGGAGAAAACCAAGAAGAAAGAAAAGAGCAAAGAGAAAGGAAAGGAGAAGGAGAAAAAGAAAGCGGACGAGCCUGAGGAAACGGAGAAGAAGAACAGGAAAAUAGGCUUCGGUCGACUGAGAUUUGGAAAGAAAAAGGAGGAGAAGAAAGAGGCAAAGGCAGCACUGCAGCGACAAAAGUCAGACAUUCUGACGGACCUGGAGCUGGAGAGGAUGAAAGAGGAAAGAGAGAGGAUUGAAGCAGGACAUCCUGAGCUGCGAGAGCAACAAAGAGAUCGGCAGGCGGGCAGCGGUGGAUCAGCAUAUCCAGACUUGGAGGAUGACGAUGCAGACCCCAACUAUGCCCAAAUCCAGUCGUUCAGGGCCCAGGAGACCGGUUCAGUGCAGCAGCCUCAGCCCCCCCUCUACAGCACAGUUCAGCGCUUUCAUGCCCGCACACCUUCACCACAAGGUCCCUCUGGCUUCCCAGGACAAGGAAAGAAUGUUAAUGAGCCUGGAGUCAUGCCAGAUGAUGACCCUCUUGAUAGGCUGUACGCCAAAGUGAACAAACCGAGGGGAGCUGGAGCUACAUCUCCUGCUCCUGCACCUGCUAAUGACAGUGUGGACAGGAUCCAGCAGUUAAAGAGAGAGUAUCAGCAGGCGAGACGAGAAGGAAUGGUUCCACCUUAUGAAGAAAUAGACCCAAGACGUCGAUGGCACGAGACUGACCCACACAGGAUGCCAGCCAGAGAUCAYCGUGCGACACCGAGGUACGAAGAGGUGGAACGUCAGUAUGCCUCCUUACCAAGACGAGGUCCGAUGGAUGCUGAUUAUCCAAUGCAGCAAUGGUCAGGUCAUUACCCCGGUCCACCUCAGCCCCAACAGAGCUACCCUCAGUCCCAGACUGGCCCACCUUAUUUUAGCUACCUGCCUGGCCAGUCAUACCCACGAUCAGCAGAGCCUCGGGGGAUUGAACCUGGCUAUUACCCCCACCCUAGCUCCCAGCAGAGAGGUCCRUUACGACAGGAUGUGCCCCCAUCUCCUACGCCUCCAAUCCGUGCACCGCGUUACGAAACCAUGACACGUGGAACUGUGGGCGGAGGUUACAGGUAGGACAGAGGAGUGGGCUUCCCAUGUGCACAAGUACAACUCCAGACACGGUAUGGAUCCCAGCACAGCACAGCAUGGUUAUACUGGAGAGAAAGAAGAAAGCAGCAACACCAAAACUACUCCAGACAAAAGAAUGCACAUGUUCMCAUAAACCAGGUUAAAACAAGCCAAUUAUAAACAGCUCCACAGUCUUCAUGCAGAAAAACACUUUACAUUUUAAUGUCUGUGUUGUCUGACACAUAAAAUAAUACAUGCAAAAACAUGAUGUGUGCGCAUGGUUUAAAGUCUUAUUGCUUUAAAUUAGUUGGCUCAAAAUUGUGGCGUACGACGUUUUGUUCAACUGGUUUCCACUGAUUGUUCUCCAACAAUGCUGAAAUUAUAAUACCUCUAAAAUUCAGCGUGCUGACAUAAAUUGUUUGGUUGUUGAUUCAAAAUAAAUUAGCCACACGGCUUGUCGUAAACACUCAGAAUUCAGUGAGAAAUCAACAGAAAAGUUGCCUUUUUUCCUGUAGUUUUCUCACAAUCAUGAGUCCCCAGGAUAAUCUCCACUGACCACAACUCAGUGACUUAUUACCUUAAGAUUGAAACAGACUGGAUGGGUUUGAUUUUCCUUCUACUCUGAGUAGAUUAUAAAUGCUAAAAAAAAGGAAAAUAGUCAUGACCUGUAUCAGUACUGCAGUGCUGAAGUCAGAGUAACAAGAGAAUUGAUCGUUUUAAUAAUAAUUGCAUCUUAAGGAAUAAAAUUAUCAAGAACUAAACCAAAAAAAAAAA